AUGAACGGUGCGACGAUGAGGCUGGUCAGCCCGGCGGGCAGGAUGCCGGGGCAAAGGGGGGACCCAUUUACUUCGCCAAAGAGGGGCGCCCCUGGCGCACCGCCUGUCGUGUCGCCAACAGGAAAGGCUUUGGUGGAAGGGUACAGGAAGGAUAUCCUGAAUGAUUUCGGAGGCGAGAGGCCAAGAUACAAUCCUGGCAACGAGAGCCGUCCGCAAAGCUCACCACUCGUCGACCUCAAGGAUCCGAUCCAGGUGCACCUCCUGACCGAAACCGCCCUCUCAGACAGCAAAACAUACGAGAUUCUCUCACAAGAGGAAGUGGACGAUCUCAAGAAGCAAAUCCAGUCCCUGUCCAUGCGGGUUGAACAAGCGCGGACGAAUCUAGCGAUCCAGUCCAAGUACCGUGAUGCCGCGAUCUCCAUGGCCCGGCUUUAUUCGCCCCCUUCCACCAAAGGGGACGGCAACAGCAAGAGGAGGAGUCUACUGGGGAACCGGAUGAGUGAUUCGGCUAAGGAGGCUGAGAUGGAGAAGCAAGCGAGCGAGCGGCGGUGCGAGGAGCUCGCUUCGGAAUUGUUCUCGCUUGAGAAGCGGCUGAUGGAGCCACAACGACGACUACUUCAGCACACGGCCGGUAUCCUGCAGAUGACACACCGCGUUUCGGGGAAGAAGCCGAGUCAGUUACCAGUCGGGCCAAUGAUGAACGGCAUCCCCAGCAGUCCGGAGAGCCUCUACACCUACACAAACACCCGCAACAGCAUGGAGGUGCCAUCAUCGGGUGCUGAUUUUGAUUUCGACAAGAGCCCGUACUUGGAUGGUCUCGGUGCGCCACGGAAGAACGCCAUUGAAAUUCCACUCAAGUCUCCCAUUCGAGAGCAAAAUGCGCAGCUGCGGGAACUGCGCGAGGAGGUUGAUAAGGUCAAAGAAGAGAACGAGCGGAUCAUGGAGGAAAACGUCCAGCUCAGGACAGCUGAGGAGCAGCUCAAAAGUGACUUUGCCCAAAUUCAGGAACAACACGCCCGGCUAGCGGCUUCGGAAGAGCAGCUCAAGGAGGAGCAAGCACACGCUCGGGACGAAAUCUCGCAACUCCGGUCGCGCGAGCAGGAGCUGAUGGAUGAGCACAGCAAAGCGACAGAGGAGAAUACUCGUAUCCGCGGUGAGACAUCACGGAUGAUGGAUGAGACCAACCGGUACAAGGAUGCCGACUCGCGCCUGAAGGCGAUCGAGCAACAGAUGACAGCCGAGACCGAGAGCCUGCGCGCGCAAAGCGCUGGGCAUCUGAAGACAAUCUCGGAUACCGAGGCGAGACUUGAUGCGCUGAACCGCAAGCUGCGGGAUGUGAUUGUGGCCUUCAACCCGACGAAGAACGGCGGGUUCGACGAGCCGAAGGCGGGCAGCGGGUCCGGCGAGUCGCUGACUAGCCAGCUAGAGUACAUGGAGCGGGCUCUAGCAACCACGGCGGAGGAACAGAAAGGGUUCCUGGCCGAGGCGGCCGAAUCGUCCGCUGAAACAGCAGCGAUGGCAUCGUCUAUCAACGAAAUUGAGGCUUCGCUCGACGAGGCGAGUGAGCGCGUGGAGGCCCUGGCACGCCAGGUACAAGAGGCUCUGCGGGUCUCGAACCCCGAUCUAGCACCGCCUCCAGAGGGCGGCCUAGAUGAGCAGCUGGGUUACCUAGAGGAUGCGUUCAAGACGGUUGGGACCGAGCUGUCUCGGGCUCUCGAGGCAACGACAUCCGCGUCUGCUAAGAAGAACGAUAUCGACCAGGUCGACGCCGUUCUCAUGGGCCUGUGGGAUAUUAUCCAGACGGGCUACGCGGAGAUUGAGCAGCAAAAGGCGGUCCGCCGACAGAACCGCGCUCUAGGCCAGGGCGGUGCUGACGACGACGAGGAGCUGUCGAGCAGCGAGUUUGACGCCGACACCAACGAGCCAUACUCCCUCCAGGCGUUCUCCGGCAAGGUACAGUGGCUUUACGCGCAGGCAACAGGCCUCCGCGAGCAAAAGUUUAUCCUCCAGCGGCAAAUCAAGCAGCAGCGCGAGCUCAACAACCGCAGCGAGUCCGAAAAGGACCGCGACCUCAAGGCCAAGGCCGACGAACUCGAGCAGACGCAGCACCUGCUCGACGAGGCCGAGCGCGCAACUACCGACGCCCAGACCCAGCUCCAGCAGGUCCUCGCCGACAUGGACACACUCCAGAAGACCCAGGCCGCCAACGAGGCUGCCUCCGCGUCGUCGACUAAGUCGGUCCAGGACCAGCUCCAGGCGCGCAACGCCCGCAUCACCACGCUCGAGAACGAGCUCCGCGAGGUCGAAUCGCGCCUCGCCACCGCCGAAACCUCUAUCAAGGCCACCCAGACCCAACUCGCCGAGUCCAACACCGCGCGAGUCGAAGCCGAAGCCGAGGUACAAGCCCUCCAAACCCAGCUCAAAUCCACCGCCACCGCAGUUGACUCCGCCUCGGCCCAAGCCUCCCAGCUCCAAGCCGACCUGCAAUCCAAGGACGACGAGCUCGACCGCAUGAACAUGAUGGUCGUCGAGCUCAAGACCGAAGUCGCCUUCGCCAAGGCCGAGCUCGACGGCGCGUACGGGUCCCGCAAGCAGCGCGCCGCCGAGGCCGCCGCGCUGUCCAACUCCUCCCAGUCGGAGGAACUCAACAACACGAUUGUGCGGCUGCGCGCCGAGCUGGAGAACGCCCUGCGCGAUCUCGAGGAAAUCACGCGCGAGUCGAUCGCUGCCGAGCGCGAGCGGCUGGAGAUUGAGGGCCGUCUGGACGAGGUGCUCGGGGAGAAGGGGGCAUUGGAGGCUGAGGUGGGCAGGCUAGGCGAGCGGCUGGGCCGGGUCCAGGAGGAACUGGACGCCGAGCGCUUGAAGGUGUCUAGCCCCGGUGGCGGUGCGGGUGGUGCUGGUGCGGCCUCGAGGGUGGGCGCUGGCGCGAGCGAGUUGAGCAAGCAGUUCCGUGGGGUGAUGAAGGAAGAGCGGAAGAAGUUCCAGGAGGAGCUCAGGGAAGAACAAUCGAGACGACGAAAACUCGAAGACGAGCUGCGGUCGCUCAAGCGCGGCCAGGCCAACAAUGCCAGCUCUGCGUCCACGGCACGUGGGAGUGCGCUGGGUCCGAGGUGA